UUGAGCACAUCGCCAUGAGCCGGAGGAGGGGAAUGUGCUGUCGUGACAGGAGUCUCACUUGUGAGUGACCCGGCUCUGCCUCCAGGUUCACAACAUUCAGACCUUCCUUCGCCCAACCCGGGACUCUUCCACUUUCCCUGGCAGCUCCAUAGCUGCGUGUCCAGCCCGAGGUCCUGGGCUCACCCGUCUUUAGACAGUUGCUGUGUGCAUGAAGAACACACCUGUGGUUGGGAGAGACAGCCUCCGUUUCACCCCAAAAGAGAGAGACAGGGACGAUGGUGGAUUGCCCAGGGUACAGUCUGUCUGGUGUGGCUGCCUCCUUCCUCUUCAUCUUGCUGACGAUGAAGCACCCAGAUGACUUCAGAGUCCUCGGUCCCGCGGACCCUAUCCUGGCCAAAGUCGGGGAAGACGCGCUGCUGACUUGUCAGCUCCUCCCCAGGAGGCCCGCGGAGCACCUGGAGGUGAGGUGGUACCGCUCCGCCGCCGACGCGCCUGUGACUGUGUACCGGGACGGAGCUGCAGUGACUGGCCUACAGGCGGAGGGGUUCGGAGGCCGGGCAGAGUGGACAGACAGCGCCGACGAGGGGAGUGUGGCUCUGAGGAUCCGCCAGGUCCAGCCAGGGGAUGACGGGCAGUACUGGUGCCGCUUCCAGGAGGGGGAGUACUGGAGAGAGGCCAGCGUGCGCCUCCACGUGGCAGCUCUAGGCUCUUCCCCAGGCAUCCACGUGGAGGGACUGGGAGAAGGAGAGGUCCAGCUAGUAUGCACGUCCCAGGGCUGGUUCCCUGAGCCUGAGGUCUCCUGGGAGGGCAUCAGCGGAGAAAAGCUGAUGAGUCUCUCUGAGAAUCAUGUGCAAAAUGAAGAUGGGCUGUUCUAUGUGGAAGACACACUAGUGGUCAGGAAUGACACGGAAGAGACCAUUUCCUGCUCCGUCUACAACCGUGUUCUCAAAGAGGCCAGGGUGGCCACCAUCACUCUGCCAGAGAAACUGCAGACAGAGCUGGCUUCCUUGAGGGUAAUUGGACCUUCUCAGCCCACUGUUGUCAGAGUCGGAGACAGCAUAGAAUUAACUUGUCACCUGUCCCCUCAAACUGAUGCCCAGGGCAUGGAGGUGAGGUGGCUCCGCUCCCACUAUUACCCUGCAGUCCACGUGUAUGAAGAUGGGGCCCCCGUGGCCACAGAGCAGAUGGCAGAGUACAGAGGGCGGACUUCCGUGGUGACCGAGGCCGCCCACGAGGGAAAACUGACCCUGCGGAUCCACGACGCCCGAACUUCCGAUGACGGGCAGUACCGGUGCCUCUUUGGAAAAGAUGGCGUCUACCAGGGGGCCCGAGUGCCUGUACAGGUGAUGGCGGUGGGCUCCACCCCACGGAUCACGCAGGAGGUCCUGAAGGAUGGAGGCGUGCAGCUGAGGUGCACAUCUGAAGGGUGGUUCCCACGGCCCCACGUGCAGUGGCGGGACAGAGAGGGAAGGACAGUGCCCUCGCUCUCCGAGGUCUUCCGUCAAGGCAGCCAGAAGCUGUUCCAGGUGGACACUCUCCUGCUGGUCACCAACAGCUCCGUGGUGAAUGUGACCUGCUCAGUCAGCCUCCCUCUGGGCGAGGAGAAAGUGGCACGGUUUCCUCUCUCAGACUCCAAGAUAGCUUUGUUAUGGAUGAGCCUGCCUGUCUUGCUGCUGCCUCUUGCCAUGGCCGCUGACCUGAUCAAGGUGAAACGCAGUAGGAAAGACCAAAACCACAGCGACAAGCCGGAAGAUCACAAGGAUGAUGAAAGCCACACGAGAAGGCUUCCCCCUGACAAGAGGCUCCAUGCAAGCCCAGUGCACCCCGCUUCCUGAACACCCUAUUGUCGUCACAGUGAGGGACGCCUCAACCUGGGUCGGCCCAUCAUAGCUGUGGUCUCCCCCACUCGGGGACCGCAUCCUCUCUCCCUGUGCCUACCACCCCUCACCCACCAGCCACCACCCCUCACCCUCACCCACCACCCCUCACCCCUCACCCACCACCCCUCACCCACCACCCCUCACCCCUCACCCACCACCCACCACCUCUCACCCACC